GGGGAGGAGAAGUUGUAGCAAUGACAAUAACUUCACGAUAUAGAUCUAUAGAUACUUGGAAGAAAUUAAACCCGUUUUUCUCACUCUACCCAAAUCCUCCCAAUCCCAUCCCCCAUCAAAUUCUCUUCAUAGCGAAACAUGACCAGAGUAGCGCCGUCAGACAUCGCCACCGCCGCCGGCAACCCGCCGCCGCCAAAAUCAUGGAAAGCUCCCUGCAUGCUGCUGCUGUUUGCGUCCAUCCCAACAUCCCUAUUCUGCUUCAUGGCCGUUUUAUCAUACCAGACUUCCAAUACCCCGGACGUCCAGCUCGCCUCCGCCGUCGUCUCCACCCGCAACGCCAGCUCCCUCGCCAUCGACGCCGACUGGCUCCUCACCUUCCACGUGGCAAUAACCGGCGGGAGCUACCCCAACCACUACGGCCCCGUCGAGGCCGCCGUGCUGUACGCCACCGGCGGAGGAAGCCAGCUGGAGAUCGCCGGCGGCCAGUUGCCGCCUUUUGAUGUCGGCCCGGAUUCCACGUUCAACCUGCGCCUCCGGCCAAAGCCGGCGGCGAGGGACGAUUGGGGUAUCGACAUUAUCCGGGUGCUCAAUGACACGGUGGCGGGUACCGGGUCCGUGGAAUUUCGGGUCCUUUUGAAAGCUUCGUGUCGAGAAGAUUUUGCUUUUGGUAUAAACAAACCGAGGAUGUUUAUUCGGGUCGAUUGUGACCCGGUUCGGGUCGAAUUUUCGGGUCCUGGAGGAGGAGGAGGAGGGCUUCUGAGUGGAAGCUUGGCUAAAUCCACCAGUUGUUGUGUUGAGCAAAUCUAUUGAGCCGGUGAUCUGGAUAACGCAAGGUAUCGUUAUUGAUAGGCGAAUUGUACUUUAGAAGCUAGCUAGGUUUGUUAGAGUAGAUUUAAGAGCUUGCCUUUUUUAUGUUGGUUGAAUUAUACUUUGACAUAUUGUUUAUAUGGGUGUUUUUGUUUAUUGUGUUUAUCUAUCUUCUAAUGAUAUAUAGUGAGAUUUAGAUUGUUAAUUUGGCGUAGAGUAUUGAGUUGAAGCUGCUUAAUUUUCGUCAGUGUUGUUUAUUGGUUACCAAUUUUUAACCUAGGUAGAGUAGAUUGGGUUGAGGCCUGAGGGUAAUAUUUGUGUUGGAUUAUGAUUUUUUUUUGUAUAUAAAAGAAAUAUGAAAAUGGAUA